UAAUGUUUCAAAGUCCUAAUGUAUAGCUUACUAAUACCUGAUGUAUGCCCUGAUAUGCCUAGCCUUUAACCUGACUGUGUCUGUUUAUGCCUACUUAAAUGACUGUUAUACCGUAAUGCAACCAUUAUUAUUACAACCAUCAGAACCAUCACAACCAUUAGAACUACGGAUGGUACAUUUCUUUGCAGCAGUACUAACCAGUAUGUUGAUUCCUUUUCUUACUGUUUUACUGACUUGCCAUCUAACGAUAAUUUCCUAAUAAAGCUACUUCACAUGCGCUGCCGGCCGGUCUGGUCGUGACCUUUUCCCGUUCUCUAAUUAGCUCUGCCACAUUUAUCAUGUAACAAACUGGUCCGUGUCGACUGAGAAGUACCUGUUGGUUACUUCAGCCGUCAGUUAUUAUUUGUAUUAUUGUUUUUUUUUCUUGAUGUACGAUGCUUUAAUACGACGAUACCAUCAUCCCUUCACAGCGGCUGCCGCUGCCACUGCCGUUUGUACUACGCCUCAUUCAAGCAGCGUGAUUUUCCAAGCGCUAACUAGCCGUAACCGGGAACUGCUGUUUACCCGCGCUUUCCGAUUUCGUAAUACAGUUAACCAUGUUCCGUCUAAUGGAGUUCCGCGAAACGUGAUGUUUUUAAGAAGUCUCCAAAAAAAAAUAAUGAAGCCCGCCCGACGAUUCAAACAUUCAUCAGUCCGAAGUCCAGAUUUACAAGUAAUGUUCGUAUCCUAUUCAUGGACUGGAUGAAGCCCGAUAAACGUUGGUUGGAUUGGGGAACUCCUCCAUAAAGGGAAACCAUUUUCCCCGUGUUAAACUUCAGCUCGUGUAAAGUCAGCCGCCGUACAUUAGUUUAAAUAUUUUCAAAAAAAAUUUAAUUUUAUUCGUUUUUGUUUUUAUUUAGUUAUAUUCAUUAAGUAUCCGUUUAAUAUUUUCCGCAAAAUUCCAAAAAUAACAAUUUAUUAAAUUCUUUUCUUUUUCCUGACUACAUAAUAUUUUGUCACAAAUAAUAUUUUUUUAAUUAACUAAAAUCUAUAAAAAAAUUAUAAUUUCGCUACAAAAAAAUGUUUUUCCUUUCUUUUUUUAUUGAUGAUUGAAAAUUAGCAGUCGAACAAAAGGUCUCUAUGCAGCUAUGGUGUGGCCGCCCUUUACGAUUUCUAGCAGUCACAUCACGCGCGUUGGCCUAAUGAAUUUUUAAUUAAAAAAAAAGGGUUUGAUUAUCAGAUCGAUAACUCACAGCUAUACGAUACAGCCGCACUUUAUGCAGCAUCUGAUUACCUAUCUCCUAAAAAACACAGUUACGAUAAUGUCGGUCAUGGGUGAUGAUGUUAGCGGAGCCGCCGCGUUAACAACUUUAGCUUUGGCGCGCAGCACUGGUUAACCGGGUGCUGUGUUCAAAGUAACGCGACAUGACUGUACAGCGGAAUAAAAAAAACUGGAGAUAAGGUUGAAUCUCAAAAAGGUGUCGUGCUGAUAUCCAGUGGCUAAAAUAUCACGAAAUAUAAAAAAAAAAAUUUUAAUUAAGAACAGCUGAUUCGCAUUUUUAGGUGCCCAAUUUUCUUGGUCCUUUAAAUUUAAUUUUCUUUUUCUCAAAGGGGAAAAGGAAUGUGCAACAAGUGCUCAUAUGCCGCUCUACGAAAGCGUAAAAUAGCCCGUGCCAAAAACCGGUUGCAUAAGGCAUUAAUAAACUUCGACUGCUACAGUAACUUGCUACAGUAACUUGCUAAUUAAUCGAACCACUAUAGUACAAUGUUAUCCGUGCUUAAUUCGGUGAGACGAUUGCGGUUACACACGGUUGAUUAGCUGAGAAGAUAAAAUUUUAACAUUUGAAAAGCUCAUACAGAAAAUUUGUGAAGUAGCAAAGUCCAACAUGAGGAAGCUAAUAUCUCGUUUAAGUAAAUUUCAAACGGCACUAAUCAGAGAAUAAAGCAGUUUAUUUUAAACUUUAAAAAAGGGCAUUCGUUUUCUGCUUUUAAAAUUAUCUAAAUAUUUAGUACAUCCACGGCUGGCUGACUAUAUUUUUCUCUUAUUGUACAUACAUGUUGUGUUAUGACUGUGGACAGUCUGUUUUUGAGGAGAGAAGUGUCACGUAAUGUUUCAAAGUCCUAAUGUAUAGCUUACUAAUACCUGAUGUAUGCCCUGAUAUGCCUAGCCUUUAACCUGACUGUGUCUGUUUAUGCCUACUUAAAUGACUGUUAUACCGUAAUGCAACCAUUAUUAUUACAACCAUCAGAACCAUCACAACCAUUAGAACUACGGAUGGUACAUUUCUUUGCAGCAGUACUAACCAGUAUGUUGAUUCCUUUUCUUACUGUUUUACUGACUUGCCAUCUAACGAUAAUUUCCUAAUAAAGCUACUUCACAUGCGCUGCCGGCCGGUCUGGUCGUGACCUUUUCCCGUUCUCUAAUUAGCUCUGCCACAUUUAUCAUGUAACAAUGCCAUAUAGGGAACAUACUUUCCGGGAGUUGAUUUUUAACGAGUUAAAUAAAUUAAGCCAUAUACUUUUCUCACACCUUACACACACGACAAUGGAGACCAGUGGAAUACGAUCGUUUGGUUAUUCGGACUCAUCGCUGUUCUGUGAAAUUUAUUCUGGCGCCGACAUAUAUCAGUGGAACGCGGUAGAUGUGCCCAAUGACGAGCGACUCUUCGAGCGCGGUCUGGUCAUUAACACCGUCCCUGACGGUGUGAUCGUGGAUUUUGGCGUACCUGGCCGGCGCUCGCAGUUCGUCGAGUACAAAAAGGCGCUGCACUGUCUCAGCUCGCAGCAGGAGCAUGUCGUAACGGGCUGCUUCUGGGACGAGGAAUACAACGGGCAGUUGAGUUAUCCGUCAUCCCAGGCCAGCUUUGAGAUCCUCGCCCGGAUAGACCCUGACCGCCCAUGGACGUGGUAUCCCGCGGUGUUCCUGGUGCGCCGCGUCCUGUGGAACAGAUACGCGUAUGUUCAGAUACAGAUUUUCGAUUGCGUAGUAUCCAAAUUCGUCAGCGCCAUGGUGGUUCGGUUGGGCCGCCGGCACCGGGUGGUGCGCGCUGUCGGGCCGGAUGAUUACAUCACGCGAGCGUGUCCCCUGCCGCGAAAGUACCGGGCGGGGCGGUCCGUUGAGCCGGCGUUGUGGAAUCUGUGGAGGAAAGGCCUGAUGUCGGUGCACGUCUGGAUGGCGUACCCGACCUGCGUACGCAGUGGAAGGCUGCUGUAUCUCCAGGAUCGCUGGAGUCCAACGAAACUGAUGCCGGUAUCUGAAGAAGGACUGGACCGGCUGAACGACAGGGCGAACGCAGAGAUGAAAAGGCGCCUGCAAGCCGGCUGGACCUUCUCCUAUGACCAUUGGCUACCGCCAAAACUGCAACCCGGCACCAGUCCCUGGCGAGCAGCUCCUGUACAGGGAGACUACCAAAUGGCCGCAUUCCCACCGGAACUCUUACGGGCGAUUCUCUCCUCCUUCGCUACGAACGAACGGCCGUUCUACCGCCGUGUCAGUCCGCUGUGGAACGCGGUUAUCCAGCAGGAUGACAGCGACCGAUGCCUGACAGUGAAUUUCGGCAACGCCGCCACGGCUGCCCGAUCUGUCGGUUUCGGCAUCGUCCAGUAUCUCACCGCUGAUACGGAGAUGGUCGCCAUUUCCAACGCCAAAGAACGUUGGCCGUCGGAAGUUCUUAACGACUGCCUGCGUCUGAUCAGCGCCGUGCACGAGCGCCACCGUAAAGGUUCGAAAAAGUUGCAGGUUGUCGUUAACCGUUGCUCCUGGGACCUGGCUAACAACCGCCUCUCCAUCGAGUUGCCGCGAAUGGCCAAAGCGUGUGCCGACGCUGCUGCCGCCCUCGAGCGCAUCAUCUGGCGCAAUUGCCGCUUUUGCGGCAUCGGCGGCAACCACGUCGAGAUUAUUGUGGAGAGUGACGUCACCGUCAUCCGCUGCACGCUGGCUGAAUUGCAGACGGAGUUGUAUGCAAUGCUUAAACGGCAUUUUAAGGUGGCCCGCAUUAGAUCUGUCCAGGAUGGACCGUUUCUCGCAUGGCGUUGAAACUUUAACACAAUGAUGGACUAUUGAAGUGAUGUGGGUAGACUCUGUACUCGUACUAAAAUAGUAACUAAAUUUAGGACAAGGAUUUGUACAA